UGAAACAAAAGCACUCCAUCCUAUUCACCCGCCCUUUAAAGGCCCAGCAUUCUGGUAUAUAUAUAUCCUCUCUGUAACAAGAAAAGAGGGAGAUUCUUGUCCCCUUGUGAAGAAGACUGUUUCUUGAAUUAAUUUUCUUUUUCAAUUUGGGGCCAAAACACACAAAAAGCUGAUAGUGGAUUCACUUAGAUUGUCAGGGUGGGUUUUGGGAUAUCUUCUCUUCCCCAUAAAGAAAAUAGUUUGCAGACAAGGACCCACCGAACUAGGAGUGGGAAAAACAGAUUUUUUGUUAUCAUUCGGAGGGGGGAAAUGUAUGUGGAGAGUGCUGAUAAUUGUUUUGAUCCCACAUUGGAAGAGGCAGUCGCAGUAGCGGAAGAUGUGGUCUUCCCUGAGAGCUUCCAUUUGGAUGGAACAGAGGAAGGAGAGGAAGAAGAGCGAGCUUCUGCGGCGGCCGCCACGGCCGCCAUUGAAAUGGAGUUUCAGCAGCGACUGAAUCUCGAGAUGGAGAAUUGCUACAAUAACGAUGACGAUGGUGAUAGCAAUAAUCCUCCUCCUCUUCUUCCUCAGUUUAUGCCAAAAAUGGGCAGCAACCAACAAGACGGCAUGAUUUUUAACAUUAACAAUCAAGGGAUAUCGAAUUGGGAAGAAAUGGUGUUCUCCGAAAUGCAGAUGAGUUCUGGUAAUAAUAAUCAGCAUCUUCUUUAUCAACCACAACCACCGCCGGAUCUUCUGAACAAUUUUUUCCCUUUCCCGAGGUCCUCUUCUUCUUCAUCUCAUCUCCUUCCGAACCCACCAUCUUUUUCAUCUUCGAAUUUCUUGAACUCAAUAGGCCUGUUCGGCGACCACCUACCAUCAGAUAGCGGAGCAUCACCUUCAAGCCAUGUCCUCUGUGACCCUUCUCUGCUGCCUCUGAAUCUGCCCCCACAGCCACCGCUGUUGAGAGACCUGUUCCACUCCUUGCCGCCCCAGAACGGCGGAUACGGUGGAUUUGGGUCUUUGUUCGGGGAGGUUGUGGACGAGAGAGGAGAUCAAAACCAGGUGAACGGGGGAUUCUACCCAGGAAUGGAUGGACGGGACUUUGAGAAUGGGGGGGUGUUUGAGUUCAGUGGUGAUCUGAAUGGGUUGGGGAAGAACAGAGAUGGUAAGGGCACCAAACACUUUGCGACUGAGAGGCAAAGGAGAGUCCAUUUGAAUGACAAGUAUGAUGCUUUAAAGCGAUUGGUCCCCAAUCCAUCUAAGAAUGAUAGAGCAUCAGUGGUGCAUGAUGCUAUUGGGUACAUAAACGAGCUGAAGAGGACAGUUGGGGAGCUGAAGAUUCUGGUGGAGAAGAAGAGGUGCAGCAGAGAGAGGAUGAAGAGGCAGAAAACAGAUGGCGAUGGUAGCGGUGGGGCGGGAGAGGAUGUGAAGGACCUCCAGUCUUACAAUGGAAAUGCCCUGAGGAGUUCUUGGCUCCAGAGGAAAUCCAAGAACACCGAGGUUGACGUUCGUAUCAUCGAUGAUGAAGUCACCGUCAAGCUCGUCCAGCAGAAGAGAAUCAAUUGUCUUCUCUUUGUGUCUAAGGCUCUUGAUGACCUUCAGCUUGAUCUCCACCAUGUUGCUGGUGGCCUUAUUGGUGAUUACUAUAGCUUUCUCUUCAACUCCAAGAUUUGUGAAGGUUCAACAGUGUAUGCAAGUGCCAUUGCCAAUAAGCUUAUUGAGGUUGUGGACAAGCAUUAUACUGCCACUGCACCCACUACCAGCUACUGAAAGUCUGAUUAUUGCAGGAUGCGCUAACCUUAUUAAGCUUCACCAAAGAAAGAUUGAACGAUCGAGUUUCUUGAACCCUUAGAAUAACUAUUGACUCGCUCAAGAUCUCAAGGUUGUAGUAAUAAUUGCAAAUAAGGAUGUUUAGCUAAGCACAAGAUUGAGUUGAAUAGAAUUAGUAUGUUAACGUAACAGCACUGCAUGUUUAGCGGUAAAGUGCAUGCAUAUGAGUUUGUACGAUCAGCUAACGUUGGUUACUACUACUAUUAUAUUUUCCCAAUAUAAAUGCUAUUUCUAGGAAAUUGGGAAAUCAUCCCAG